GCAGCUGACUUCAUCUGGUAGCGUGGCCGAGCGGUCUAAGGCGCUGGUUUAAGGCACCAGUCUCUUCGGAGGCGUGGGUUCGAAUCCCACCGCUGCCAUGUGAAUUUUUUUAUACUUUCAGAUUUUUUCCUUUUUUUUUUUCAUAUCCUUUAUUUAUUCUAAUGAUUGCACUCUGGCCAUGCUAGAUCACCACCUUGUAGGGUUAUGAUACUAAAUACAACAAAGGAUAUAUACGUAUAUGUAUAUAUAAAAAGCGAAAAUGUCUGUACACGGCACCUCGAGCAAGUGUCUUAAAAAUGAUGGGGUCUAUUUACUUUUCGACCCCAGUGAUUCUUCACUGGUACUUAAUUUAUCGACCCUAAAAGGAUGAAAGGUUAAGUCGACCUCGGCGGAAUUUGAACUACGAAAUGCCACUAAGUAUUUUGUUCUGCCAGCUCACUAUUUACUUCUCUUAAUUGCCGAACCCCAUGGGAUGACACUCUAGCUAGAUUCGAACCCCAUUCUGCUUAGUAUAAAUAUUCUUUCUACAAUAGACACAAGACCUGAAAUUUUGAGGGAGGCGGGGGAAAAAGUCUAUUAGAUCGACCCCCCAGUACUCAACUGGUACUUAUUUCAUCCACCCUGAAAGGAUGAAAGGCAGAGUCUACCUCGGCAGAACUUGAACCCAGAACGUAAAGACGGUUUAGGUAUUUCAGCCAGUGCGCUAAAGAUUCUGCCAGGACGAUGUAUCUAGGGAGAGAUAACUCUAAUAUGCCUCCUUCCACGUGCUUCCUAUUGUCUUGUGUUGUUUUCCUUCAUACGACGGAGCCUUGAAUGUUUAUUCCCUCUGAAGGUCAUACAACAACAAAACCAUAUCUUCGGGAUUAAAUCGAAGACGUUUGAUCCUCAAUGGCUGUCCGUGGUAUAUUUUCACAUCUGGUGUCACCACGGGAUCGAACUUGGCUCCGUGUUCUCAAGAAAACAACAGGCUCUAACCGGUUUUACACAGAAGACGGGAGACGAGACGGUUACCAUGGCGACAAGAGUGCCGAGGAUAAAAAUGUGGAACCUAAAGCUGAUGAUUCGGCAUCACCAUCAUCGUCAUUGGUAGAACCACCGCCACUGUCAGAAACAUCGCCACCGGCAUCACAGUAUGUCUCUAGCAGGAAACAGAAGCGUCAAGAGAAGAUUGGAGAAAAAUUCAAGAAGAAAGCGAUGCUGCAGAGUGAGAAAUAUUUCCUUGAUUUUGUCAAAGACAGCAAAACAACAACAAACAAAGAGAAGACGGAGCAACAUGGCCAUAGUCCGUCAUUGGAAGGUUCGAAUAAGAUGGACAGCGCCUUGCAAGAAUUCCUGAAGACUAACCCCAAUGCGAUCUCACACAUGCCUGGUGGUGAACCAAACGUGGCCGAACAACCUGAGUUUCCAUCCGAUAACGAAGAAUACAGGAAAUGGUACCAGAGCCAGGAACGCUUUGCUGUCCGUCCGUCUAUCGACCCCGAGACCACGACCAUUCUGUUGUUUCCCGGUCAAGGUAGCCAGUUUGUAGGCAUGGGUAAAAAGCUCAUCGAUGGCCAUCAGCGGUGCAGAGAGAUGUACGAAAUAGCGAGUUCGAUACUUGGUUACGAUCUGCUUAAACUGUGUCUGGAAGGACCCCAGUCGGAACUCGACCGAACUGUUGUUUGCCAACCAGCAGUGAUGGUCACUUCGUUGGCUGCAGUCGAAUGGUUGCAGGAAGAAAACCCAAAGGUAAUUGAGAAAUGUAUAUCAACCGCUGGAUUUAGUGUUGGGGAAUUCUCUGCCCUGGUCUUUGCUGGAGUUUUAGAUUUUGAAGAUGCUGUAAAACUAAUCAAAGUCCGUGCUGAAGGCAUGCAGGCGGCUUCAGAAGAGACUCCCAGUGGGAUGAUGUCUGUAUUCUGUACACACAGAUCCAAGCUGGGCCUUGCCAUGCAGGUCGCUAAGGAAGUUUGCAAGCAGAAAUACGACCUCCACGGGCCCGUGUGCCAGAUUGCUAAUUACCUCUAUCCAGACUGCAAAGUCAUUGCUGGCCAUGAUAUGGCACUGAGCUUUAUUGAAAACAACAUGAAGGAUUUUGGAAUUCGUCGUACGAAGAGACUUCCGGUCAGUGGGGCUUUCCACACCCCUAUCAUGGAACCGUCUGUGCCAUCGUUUGCUGAAGCCCUGAAGAAUUUGGAGAUCAGAGAACCGCUAUUCCCAGUUUAUUCCAACGUCAAGGCCAAAAUGUACCUGAAUUCUCCGAAAGGGAUGAAGAAACUUUUGAGAAAACAUCUCACAUCUGCUGUCAAAUGGGAGCAGAUCUUGCAUGUCCUGUAUUCAAGGGACAAGUCGGCAGCAAAAUUCCCUCACACGUAUGAACUGGGGCCAGGCAAGCAAUUAGGGACUCUAUUGAGAAUGGUGAACUUAAAGGCUUAUGGAAAUUAUCAUAGUGUAGACGUUUGAUAAGAGUUUUCUCAUCCUUUCAGUCUUUCAUUUGUUGGACCAUGGCCAUUCUGGGGCACCACUUUGAAAGGUUUUUGGUUCGUCAUAUUGACCCCUUACUAGUUAUUUCUGUCUGGUACUUUUUCUUUUAUUUUUAUUUGUCCCUGUUUAUCAAAUGUAUAGGGUUUACUGUUUAGGCGUGAAGGAACAAAACUGGACGCACUGAUUCACAUCAGUAACCACACACACACACACAGGUUAUCAAAGAUGGUUUCAUUGUAUAUUGUAAAAAGUUUCUUAACAAGCUGCAGUGAGUUUGAGCCCCAGGAGGUCAGCCUUUGACUUCUUCUCUCCAAUGGGUUUUUAACCCAAUAUUGUUCAUUUAUUGAAAAGCUGGAGCAACAUGAAGUAUUUUGCCCUUGCUCAGGAAUACAACACCCAGUGCAGGAAUUGAAACCACAAUCUCAUGAUGAGUGUAAUUCUUGAACCGUUAGGUCACUUACAUUAAUGAUGAAAAAGCAAAAAAACCUCAAAUUUUUCAGUAGUUUAAAUGUUUUUAAUAAUUCUCAUUUAUUUUACAUGUUUAUACAAUACAAAAAUAUGUUUUAUACAUGUCUAUAUAAAUAUAUAGGAAUACACAUUGUGUGUAUAUAUA